UCCGGAGGGCGCAGCCUUUCGAUAUAGAAACGGCCAAUCUGUCACCGAAAUGAAAGUUUUGAAAGCAGACUGUGCCAUGUAGAAACUUAAUGGCGUUAACGAUAACAUUUGUUGGCUUUGUGCUUUACUGUCAACUGCUGAAAGGAUCAGACACUGUCGAAAUAAGCGAGAAAUAUCAGACGGAAGGGCGAUUUAGGGCUUAUCAACAACUGUAUAGCAGAAACUACGACAGCAAUGAAUUCAACCAGAGUCUGAUCAAUUUCCAGGAUUCACUUAAGAGACACGCGCAUUUGAACUCUGAAGUGCUGAAGAAAUCAAACUUCUCUGCUAGAUACGGAAUCAACCAGUUCUCUGAUUUAUCUCCUAAACAGUUUAAAGAACGCUAUCUCACACUCCAGGCUCAUACUGCUCCAAAGCUUGACCCCACCAGGCCCGACAUCCGUUUUAAGACAAGGUAUCCAGUAAAGUUUGAUUGGAGGGACCAUGGAGUUGUUGGACCAGUCAAAAACCAGGAGGGGUGUGGAGGAUGCUGGGCUUUUAGUGUGGUUGGGGCCAUUGAAUCCGUAUCUGCUUCGCGUAGUGGAAAACUACAGGAGCUCAGUGUACAGGAAGUUAUAGACUGUUCUUACAGUAACAAUGGCUGCAAUGGUGGAUCUCCUGUUGAAGCUCUGUACUGGCUCAUGAAGACUAAGGUAAAGUUAGUAAACCAGGUGGAGUAUCCCUACAAAGCUGUUGCUGGGAUUUGCCAGUAUUUUUCUCAGACUCACGAUGGAGUGCUGCUGAAGAAUUACUCGGCUUAUGACUAUAGUGGAUUGGAGGAGAGGAUAAUAAGUACACUUGUAGAGACGGGACCUCUUGUUGUCAUUGUGGAUGCUAUCAGCUGGCAGGAUUAUCUGGGUGGAAUCAUUCAACAUCACUGCUCCAGUCAUAAUGCCAACCACGCUGUACUGAUCAUUGGCUAUGAUACCACAGGGGAUGUCCCAUAUUGGAUAGUACGCAAUUCGUGGGGGACCUCAUGGGGCGAUAAUGGCUAUGUUUACAUAAAAAUGUGGGACAACAUGUGUGGCAUUGCAGACAGUGUUGCUGCUGUUUUUGUAUAAUUGUGUUAACAAUCUUAAUACUACAGAGACUUAUUAUAAAAUAUUAGCCUUAGGAUAAUAAUCUGUCUCUAGUUUUGAAUGCAGCUGUUGUCAAUUUUAAACAUUCUCAUGUGGCAAACAAAUCCUGUUUCCUCUUGGUUUCAAAGUAAAUGUUCUUGUUAAUUCCCCAUAUUUCUAAUGUAGCCCGAAAUCAUUUCUGAGUCAGAGCAAUUGAGGAGCUCAAAUGCAAAAGCCACUAGACACCACCUCUCCAAUUGUUUUGCUUAGUUAUGAAACAGACACACAAAGGCAACUUUUUUUAAAGGUUGGCAAAUUCUCAGGAAACAUCUAACUUUUAUUUUAUUUGCAUGACAUUGCACUGGCAUAGGGCACAGUUAACUCACAGAAGAUAAUGUGAUGUAUACUGUUGCCCCAGAAAGCAUAGGAGGCAUGAUUAAAAAUGUAUGUAGCUCUUUGCAUUAUAUAACAAAAUAUAAACACUGUGUCCUUUAAUUUAAGGAAAUGUUGCAUACAUUUUAAGUACCAUUUUACACAGUUAAGUUUGAUUUGUCAAAUGAUAGCACAAUAGAAAGAGUAACUGAAGAGAAAAAGUGUUUGAGGUUAGUCUGCUAGGACUGGUGUGUCAACAUAAAGGGAACUUUAUCAUAUAUCCACUAAAAGUGACUUCAAGACCAACCUUGGUUAAAGGUCACUGCAAAAAUUGCUGUGAAAAGUGAAGUUCUGAGAAAAGCUGUAGUAUAUGUUUAUAGAUGUCACUUGGUUUGAUAGUUUGCUUGUACAGUAAUGCAUUGACAUUUUUAAGACCCCACUGUAUAUGUUAAUACUAAACAAAGCCAUAAAUUGUUCUUAACCAUUUGAUUACUACAGACUUUAGAUUCUUUUGAAUCUACUUCUCUCUAUAUAUAGUAGAUGUUUACCUAUUUUAUAUUUGGUGCAUUUUAAGAACACUUUGACGUGUAUUUCUAGUAAAUAAACUUUUGUAUUCAACAAUA